AUGGAGGACGCAAGGCGCCGCUCCUCCAAGGUCUCGGCCUCGCGCGUCGAGACCGGCGUUGAAACCACCGGUGCGGAUCGAACCCUCGAGGAUAUGGGAUAUAAGCCCGAACUGGCGCGCAAUCGCUCGAUCUGGCAGGUCACGUUCAUGUGCUUUAUCCUGUCUUCCGUGCCCUACGGUCUGUCGACGACGCUAUACUAUCCCCUUGUGGCGGGUGGUCCGGCCAACGUUAUCUGGGGCUGGGUGGUCGUCUGCUUCCUCAUUUUCUGUGUCGCCAUCUCUCUCGCCGAAAUUACUUCUGUCUAUCCGACUGCCGGUGGAGUGUACUACCAAACGUUCGUCCUAUCGCCUCUCUGGUGCCGUCGCGUCGCGUCGUGGAUCUGUGGCUGGUCUUAUGUGGCGGGCAAUAUCACCAUCACCCUCGCCGUGAACUUUGGUACUACGCUUCUUUUCAUCGGCUGUCUCGAUGUUUUCGAAAAGUCCCCCGGCGUGGGUAUCACCGAUGAUUUCCAGGCUUAUCAGACCUUUUUGAUCUUCCUGGCCAUUACCCUAUUGACCCAUGCUAUUUCGGCCUUUGGUAAUAAAUGGCUGCCCUUGUUGGAGACUUUUGCCAUCUUCUGGACGAUCGCGGGCUUGAUUGCCAUUGUCGUUUGUCUGUUGGCUAUCGCCAAGGAAGGUCGUCGCAAUGCUGCGUGGGUCUUUGGUGAAUUUGAGCCUCAAGCUGGCUGGCCAGCGGGCUGGUCCUUCUUUAUCGGCUUGUUGCAGGCUGCUUAUGCCACCUCGGCCACCGGCAUGAUCAUCUCUCUCUGCGAGGAAGUCCGCGAACCCGCCGUCAUGGUCCCCAAGGCCAUGGUCGGUACUGUCGCCAUCAACUUUAUCGCCGGUCUUCUCUUCCUCGUCCCCGUCUGCUUCGUCAUGCCCGAGCUGAGCCUGAUCAUCAACUCUUCCCAGCCGACUCCCGUCAUCUUCAAGCACGCCAUUGGCAACUCUGCCGGGGCCUUCUGCCUGACCAUUCCUCUGCUGGUCCUCGGUAUCAUCUGUGGCGUGGGUUGUGUGACGGCCACCUCCCGUUGCACCUGGGCCUUUGCCCGUGAUGGUGGUAUCCCCGGAUCGGGCCGGUGGCGCACCGUCAACCAGAAGUUCAACAUUCCCCUGAAUGCCUUGGCCUUGGGUAUGGUCAUUGAGAUUGCUCUCGGUGCGAUCUACUUUGGGUCUACCGCCGCCUACAAUGCUUUUGCCGGUGUGGGUGUCAUCUUCUUGACCUUGAGUUAUGCGUGUCCCAUUGCUGUCUCCUUGAUCUUCCGUCGUCGCGAGGAUAUCAAGAACGGCAACUUCAACUUUGGCGUCUAUGGACUCAUUGCCAACAUCUUCGCCCUCGGAUGGAGCGCCCUCGCCAUUCCCCUGUUCUGCAUGCCCACCGUCACGGCGGUCACCAAGGAAAGUAUGAAUUAUGCGUCGGUUGUGUUUUUCGGUUUCGUGCUCAUCGCAGCCAUCUGGUACGGCGUUUGGGGCCUCAAGAACUACCGCGGCCCACCCACCGACGCCGUGGAUCACGACGACGAGUCUAUCCCUCCAAGCUACCCCCCGUCCAACAAUGGUUCCGGCAAAGAGACCGAUCUGCCGAAAAAGCCCAAUAGCCCAUGA